UCGAGUAGAAAGCGAAAAUCACAUUUUAGUUCAAGCCCAAGGGAUACGAACGUGGAUGUUCUAUAAUUAGGGUUUCACAAACUCGAACAAUCAGAAUCAUAUUAACCCAAAAAGAACCGAAUAAAAUUGAUCAAAGAUGUGGCACGAAGCUCGUCGAUCGGAGCGGAAGGUCCACGACAUGAUGGAUGCGGCUCGUAAGCGAGCUCAGAGACGCGCCGUUUAUCUCGCCAAGCGUCGGGGCGACCCGCAACAAUCCAUUCAAGUUUCCGGAUCUCGUUGCCGUAUGUACCGUGACGACGGUCUUUAUCAAGCUACUCAAGAUCAGCAAGGCCUGAUCCCUUGGAAUGGGAAACAAGACAUCAUGAUUGACAGAUUUGAUGGUCGUGCGCUUCUGGAUUUUAUUAGAGAUUCUGAUUCGCGACGAAUCCGGGUUCCUGAUAAGACAGAGGAAGAGGAAGAACUUGAAGAGUUCGUUAAUUUUGAGCGUUAUCGGGAUUUAAUUAAGCAUCGACGUAGAGGAUUUACGGAUGAAGAUGGAUUGCAACAUGUUCAUCUUGAAAUGGAGGCAAAGAAUGUUGCAUUAUUUGGAUUAGACAGUAGAUCUCAACCUGCUCAGCCACCAGCAAACAAGGGUGCUUAUUCUCAGGUCGGUUUUUCUUAUGACGGAGAGGGGAAACAAGAAACACAGUAUUCAGACGGAGAUGACAAUGACGAGGACGAAGAUGAGGAUGAGGAUGAUGACGAGGAUUUUAACAGUGAUGAUAGCAAUGAUGAAGGAAUGGAUCUAAUUGCAAAAGAUUUUGGGGUGAAGAGAUAUGGGUGGCUUGUAUUCAUGGAUAAAAAGGCUAAAGAAGAAGAAAGAAGGCAAAAAGAAAUAGUCAAGGGAGAUCCUGCAAUGAAGAAGUUGAGUCGCAAAGACAGGAGAAAGGCAUCUCAGAUAGAAAGGGAGAGGGAAAGAGAAGUUGCUAGGGGUGUUGGAAGUAGAGUGCUUCAUCAUGACCCCUAUCGGGAAUCCAGACGAAGUCCAACUUAUGAAGCUUAUCCCCGUUCUAGAAGGCAUGCUUGUUGUACUUCUUUAAUUUUACUUGCUACAAUGUUCACUCUACUCACUUUCUUUAUUGCCUCUGUUAGAUCAAGGUCAAGGUCAUAUUCCCCAUCACGUUCUAGGCGUCAUGCUCGCGGUGCUCAUUCAGAUGAUGUUCCUCGAAGCAAGUCAAGAGCUCCAAAAAUAGAAUACAUUACUGAAUUUGGUGGAGCUGGAGAGGGUGCUGAGCCAAAGAUAGUGGGCUACUCACCACCACCAUCUCCUCGGUCUGAAGCUGGCUCUUUAAACCGGCCAUCAUCUGGUCACAUACUUGAGGCCCUUCAUGUUGAUCCUGCAUCUGGUGUAUCACUUGAUAAGGAAAAGAAUUCUAAAUUGCCAAAACCACCAGCAAGCACAUCAUCAGCAUUGGCAAAAUUAAGUAAAGCAACAGGUAGUGGGAGCCUUUCUAAGCAGCCAGCUGAGAAAAAAGAAACGCCACAAGAGCGACUGAAACGGAUUAUGAGCAAACAACUGAACAAACAGAUUAAGAAGGACACUGCUGUUGAAAUGGCUAAGAAACGUGAACAAGAUCGUCAACGGCUUGAGAAACUUGCUGAAACUAACCGCUUGAGUCGGUAUAGGCGUCGGAGCCGGAGCAGAAGUUAUAGUCGUUCUCCUCCAAGAAGGCACCGUCGCAGCCGAAGCCCAAGCAGGGGCAAGAGUUCACGAAGAAGACAUUAUUCACGCUCUCGCUCACCAUCUCGUUCACCCUCCUACUCCCGUUCCCUGUCUCGUUCCAGGUCACCUCGGACAAGAAGCCGGUCUAGGUAUUGAUCGUGAUUUCUAGCUGGGAGUGGCUCCAAGCAGACGGAUAUUUGCUGUAUAGCUAGACUAUAAAGAGGUGGAAAGUAUAUGUAAUGCUCUCUGUUAUGUUUUUAAGAAAUGUUGGUUUUUCUCAAAUUUGAGUUCAUCCAGUUUCCAGAACGUCAAGUGUUGUGAUUAGCAUUAUAUUUUGUUUGAACUGAGCUUGGGUUUGUAAUUAAUGCUGGCAAAUGAAGGUAAUCAUUAAUCAGCAUUUGAUGAAGCUACUUGUUUUUUGUUGCUAAUUAAAUGUUGCUUUUAA